UUCCACCAAGCCGUGGAGAGAGGACGUUUGGAUCGUCGCUCGGCCGAAUACAUUGUUCGUGCACCGGGCGGGAAAGGGAGUGAAGGUGAAGGAGCUCUUGGUGACGAAAUACUGCGUCUCUCGUUUGCCAAAGCCCUUUCAUAUGGGCUUGUCAAAGUUGUUCCCUUGCGUCACUGCCUCAUUGAAAAGCUGCCACGUGAUAAAUGCAUAUUUGCUUGA